CCCCGCGCUUCUGCCCUAGCCUGGGAACGUCAGCGGCGCGCGACGUGCUUCGCCGCAUAAAUGCGGUGGCGCCGGGCGUAGGAGCGCUUUGGUUCUGAUCUUCUAGGCGUUCAGACGUUUGGCGGCGACGCGGCUCGCGCCUGAGCCUGCCUCCGCUCUUCGCUGUGCCAUGGCGGACGAGGGGAAGUCUUACAACGAGCAUGAUGACCGUGUUAGUUUCCCUCAAAGAAGGAAGAAAGGCUGGGGUCCUUCCCGGUGGAAAUAUAGUGAGGGGAACCGUCGAUCUGGAAGAGGUGGUUCUGGUAUUCGGUCUUCCCGCCUUGAGGAAGAUGAUGGAGAUGUAGCAAUGAGUGAUGCCCAGGAUGGUCCUCGAGUACGAUACAACCCCUAUGCCACCCGACCUAACCGUCGAGGCGAUACUUGGCAUGAUCGAGAUCGCAUUCAUGUUACUGUGCGGAGAGACAGAGCUCCUCCAGAGAGAGCAGGGGCUGGCACAAGCCAGGAUGGGCCCUCCAAGAACUGGUUCAAGAUUACAAUUCCUUAUGGCAGAAAGUAUGACAAAGCAUGGCUCCUGAGCAUGAUUCAGAGCAAGUGCAGUGUCCCGUUCACCCCCAUUGAGUUUCACUAUGAGAACACACGGGCCCAGUUUUUUGUUGAGGAUGCCAGCACUGCCUCUGCAUUGAAGGCUGUCAACUAUAAGAUUUUGGAUCGGGAGAACCGAAGGAUAUCUAUCAUCAUCAACCCCUCUACUCCGCCCCCCACUGUACUGAAUGAAUUGAAGCCAGAACAAAUAGAGCAGCUAAAGCUAAUCAUGAGCAAACGAUACGAUGGCUCCCAACAAGCACUUGACCUCAAGGGCCUCCGUUCAGACCCAGAUUUGGUGGCCCAGAACAUUGAUGUUGUCCUGAAUCGUAGGAGCUGUAUGGCAGCCACCUUGCGGAUCAUCGAAGAAAACAUCCCUGAGCUAUUGUCCUUGAACUUGAGCAACAACAGGCUGUACAAGCUAGAUGACAUGUCCAGCAUUGUGCAGAAGGCACCCAACCUAAAGAUUCUAAACCUCUCUGGAAAUGAAUUGAAGUCCGAGCGGGAAUUGGACAAGGUAAAAGGGCUAAAGCUAGAAGAGCUAUGGCUUGACGGAAACCCCCUGUGUGAUACCUUCCGAGACCAGUCCACAUACAUUAGCGCCAUUCGUGAACGAUUUCCUAAAUUAUUACGCCUGGAUAGCCAUGAGUUACCCCCGCCAAUUGCCUUUGAUGUUGAAGCCCCCACCACGUUACCACCCUGCAAGGGAAGCUAUUUUGGAACAGAGAACCUGAAGAGUCUAGUCCUGCAUUUCCUACAGCAGUACUAUGCAAUUUAUGACUCUGGAGACCGGCAGGGGCUCCUAGAUGCCUACCAUGAUGGGGCUUGCUGUUCCCUUAGCAUUCCGUUCAUUCCCCAGAAUCCUGCCCGAAGCACUUUGGCCAAGUACUUCAAGGACAGCAGAAAUGUGAAGAAGCUUAAAGACCCUACCUUGCGGUUCCGGCUGCUGAAGCAUACACGUCUCAAUGUUGUCGCUUUCCUCAAUGAAUUGCCCAAAACCCAGCACGACGUUAAUUCCUUUGUGGUAGACAUAAGCGCCCAGACACUUCUCUUUCAGAGCACAUUGCUGUGUUUUUCUGUCAACGGGGUCUUCAAGGAAGUGGACGGAAAGUCUCGGGAUUCUUUGCGAGCCUUCACCCGGACGUUCAUUGCUAUUCCUGCCAGCAAUUCAGGGCUAUGUAUUGUAAACGAUGAACUCUUUGUGAGGAACGCCAGCUCUGAAGAGAUCCAAAGAGCCUUUGCCAUGCCCGCACCCACGCCUUCGUCCAGCCCAGUGCCCACCCUCUCCCCGGAGCAGCAGGAAAUGUUGCAGGCAUUCUCUACCCAGUCUGGAAUGAACCUUGAGUGGUCCCAGAAGUGCCUUCAGGACAACAACUGGGACUACACCAGAUCUGCCCAGGUCUUCACUCAUCUCAAGGCCAAGGGCGAGAUCCCAGAAGUGGCAUUCAUGAAGUGACCCAUGUCAUGCCCCGGAAGACGGCCCCCUGUAAAUAGCUCUUGGAUAUUAUGAUCAUCUAUCCUCUCCUCCUGUCCGGCCUGAGGCCACGCUGUGACUGACCGAGGAGGGAGAGCUGCUGGAUCCCUCUCCUCACCUGCCUUCCGGAAGACUUCCGGAAGAUUGAGCCUCACUGGUGCCUGGAAGCCAAAGGUUACUUUGUAGAACGGACACUAAACUACCCGAAGGACUUAGGUGCUUUGUGUACUUAUCCCCAGGAUCCUCCAUACUUUUUAAGAUAAAGAGUGACAUUGUA